CGGCCGCGGCGGCAGGGGGUGGAAAGAAAGCAGCAGAGGGAGGAGUUUUCGCCACCGCCACAGCCGCCGCUGCUACUGGGACUUCUCCGAGCGUGUGAGCUUCGGGUGUGUGUGCGUGGAUUUCUCGCUGCCACCGGCUGCGUAGCUCCGGAGGUUUAACCACAGGACAGAAAAACCAGGAAUGUAAAGAAGAAAUUAAAAUGGAUUCAAACAUGAAUGUGCAUUCUAUUACCAUCUCUGUGGAGGGGAUGACAUGCAAUUCCUGUGUUCGGACCAUUGAGCAGCAGAUUGAAAAAGUGAAUGGUGUACAUCACAUUAAAGUUUCACUGGAAGAAAAAAAUGCAACUAUUAUUUAUGACCCUAAACUACAGACUCCAAAGACCUUACAGGAAGCUAUCAAUGACAUGGGCUUUGAUGCUAUUCUCCAUAAUCCUAACCCUCUCCUUGUUUCAACUGAUACUGUGUUUCUGACUGUUACUUCUUCCCUGGCUCCACCGUGGGACCAUAUCCAGACCAUAUUGCUCAAGACAAAGGGCGUGACAGACAUUAAAAUUUCCCCUCAGCAAAGAACUGCAGUAGUGACAAUAAUCCCUUCUAUAGUGAAUGCCAAUCAGAUAGUAGAACAGGUUCCAGAUCUCAGUUUAGAUACUGGGGCUCUGGACAGAAAGUCAGGAAGUGAAGAUCACAGUAUGGCUCAAGCAGGUGAAGUCAUGAUGAAGAUGAAAGUGGAGGGGAUGACAUGCCAUUCGUGUACCAGCACCAUUGAAGGAAAAAUUGGGAAACUGCAAGGUGUUCAACGAAUUAAAGUCUCCCUGGACAACCAAGAAGCUACUAUUGUUUAUCAACCUCAUCUUAUCACAGCAGAGGAAAUAAAAAAACAGAUUGAAGCUGCGGGCUUCCCAGCAUUCAUCAAAAAACAGCCUAAGUACCUCAAAUUGGGAGCUAUUGAUGUAGAGCGUCUGAAGAACACACCAGUCAAAUCCCCAGAAGGAUCACAGCAAAGGACUCUGUCACAUACCAGUGACUCAACAACCACUUUCCUCAUAGAUGGCAUGCAUUGUAAAUCAUGUGUGUCAAAUAUUGAAAGUGCUUUAUCUACACUCCAGUACGUAAGCAGCAUAGUAGUUUCUUUAGAGAAUAGAUCUGCCAUUGUAAAGUACAAUGCAAGCUUAGUCACUCCAGAAACUCUGAGGAAAGCAAUAGAAGCUGUAUCACCAGGGCAAUAUAGAGUUAGUAUUGCAAGUGAAGUUGAGAGUUCCCCCAACUCUCCCUCCAGCUCAUCUCUUCAGAAGAUUCCUUUGAAUGUAGUUAGCCAACCUCUGACUCAGGAAACCGUGAUAAAUAUUGAUGGCAUGACUUGUAAUUCCUGUGUGCAAUCUAUUGAAGGUGUCAUAUCAAAAAAGCCAGGUGUUAAAUCCAUACGAGUUUCCCUUGCAAAUAACAGUGGGACUAUUGAGUAUGAUCCUCUAUUAACCUCUCCAGAAACCUUGAGAGAAGCAAUAGAAGACAUGGGGUUUGAUGCUACCUUGUCAGAUGUGAAUGAACCACUGGUAGUAAUAGCCCAGCCCUCAUCAGACAUGCCACUUUUGACUUCAGCCAAUGAAUUUUACCCUAAAAUGAUGACACCAGUUCAUGACAAGGAGGAGGCAAAGACUUCAUCUAAAUGUUACAUACAGGUCACUGGCAUGACUUGUGCUUCCUGUGUAGCAAACAUUGAAAGGAAUUUAAGACGGGAAGAAGGAAUUUAUUCUGUACUUGUGGCUCUGAUGGCUGGCAAGGCAGAAGUAAGGUAUAAUCCUACUGUUAUACAACCUCCAAUGAUAGCAGAGUUCAUCCGAGACCUUGGCUUUGGAGCUACAGUGAUAGAAAGUGCCAGUGAAGGGGAUGGUGUUCUGGAACUUGUUGUGAGAGGAAUGACGUGUGCCUCCUGUGUACAUAAAAUAGAGUCUACUCUCACAAAACACAGAGGGAUCUUCUACUGCUCUGUGGCCCUGGCCACCAACAAAGCACACAUUAAAUAUGAUCCAGAGAUUAUUGGUCCCAGAGAUAUUAUCCAUACAAUUGAAAGCUUAGGUUUUGAAGCUUCUUUGGUCAAGAAGGAUCGGUCAUCAAGCCACCUAGACCAUAAACGAGAAAUAAGACAAUGGAGACGGUCCUUCCUUGUGAGCUUGUUUUUCUGUAUUCCUGUAAUGGGGCUAAUGAUAUAUAUGAUGAUUAUGGACCACCACCUUGCAACUCUGCACCAUCAUCAGAACAUAAGUAACGAAGAAAUGAUCAACAUUCAUUCUUCUAUGUUCUUGGAGCGCCAGAUCAUGCCAGGAUUGUCUAUUAUGAAUUUGCUGUCCUUUUUAUUGUGUGUACCUGUACAGUUUUUUGGAGGCUGGUACUUUUACAUUCAGGCUUACAAAGCACUGAAGCAUAGGACAGCAAAUAUGGACGUACUGAUUGUGCUCGCAACCACCAUUGCAUUUUCUUACUCCUUGGUUAUUCUUCUAGUGGCAAUGUAUGAGAGAGCUAAAGUGAACCCCAUUACUUUCUUUGACACACCUCCUAUGUUAUUUGUGUUCAUUGCACUAGGCCGAUGGCUGGAACAUAUAGCAAAGGGAAAAACAUCAGAAGCUCUUGCAAAGCUAAUUUCACUACAGGCUACAGAGGCAACUGUUGUAACUCUUGGCUCUGAUAAUAUCCUCCUGAGUGAAGAACAAGUGGACGUGGAACUAGUACAACGUGGAGACAUCAUUAAAGUAGUUCCAGGAGGCAAAUUUCCAGUGGAUGGCCGUGUUAUUGAAGGACAUUCCAUGGUGGAUGAGUCCCUUAUCACAGGGGAGGCAAUGCCUGUGGCUAAGAAACCUGGCAGCACAGUGAUUGCUGGUUCCAUUAAUCAGAAUGGGUCACUUCUUAUCCGGGCAACCCAUGUUGGAGCAGACACAACCCUUUCUCAAAUUGUCAAACUUGUGGAGGAGGCACAGACAUCAAAGGCUCCUAUUCAGCAGUUUGCAGACAAACUCAGUGGCUACUUUGUUCCUUUUAUUGUUUUUGUUUCCAUUGCUACCCUGGUGGUAUGGAUUAUAAUUGGAUUUUUGAAUUUUGAAAUUGUGGAAACCUACUUUCCUGGCUACAAUAGAAGUAUCUCCCGAACAGAAACGAUAAUACGCUUUGCUUUCCAAGCCUCUAUCACAGUUCUGUGUAUUGCAUGUCCUUGUUCACUGGGACUGGCCACUCCAACUGCUGUGAUGGUGGGCACAGGAGUAGGUGCUCAAAAUGGCAUACUAAUCAAAGGUGGAGAGCCACUGGAGAUGGCUCAUAAGGUAAAGGUAGUGGUAUUUGAUAAGACUGGAACCAUUACUCACGGAACCCCAGUAGUAAAUCAAGUCAAGGUUCUAGUGGAAAGUAACAAAAUAUCCCGCAAUAAGAUUCUGGCCAUUGUGGGGACUGCUGAAAGUAACAGUGAACACCCUCUAGGAGCAGCUAUAACCAAAUACUGCAAGCAGGAGCUGGACACCGAAACCUUGGGUACUUGCAUAGAUUUCCAAGUUGUGCCAGGCUGUGGUAUUAGCUGUAAAGUAACCAAUAUUGAAGGUUUGCUACGUAAGAAUAACUGGAAGAUAGAGGAAAAUAAUAUUAAAAAUGCAUCCUUGGUUCAAAUUGAUGCAAGUAAUGAACAGUCAUCAACUUCAUCUUCCAUGAUUAUUGAGGUCCAGAACUCAAAUGCUCUUAAUUCUCAGCAGUACAAAGUCCUCAUUGGUAACCGGGAGUGGAUGGUUAGAAAUGGCCUUGUCAUUGGUAAUGACGUAGAUGCUUCCAUGACUGAGCAUGAAAGAAAAGGCCGGACUGCUGUAUUGGUGGCAGUUGAUGAUGAACUGUGCAGCUUGAUAGCCAUUGCUGACACAGUGAAGCCUGAGGCAGAAUUGGCUGUCCAUAUUCUGAAAUCCAUGGGCUUAGAGGUAGUUCUGAUGACUGGAGACAACAGUAAAACAGCCAGAUCGAUUGCAUCUCAGGUUGGCAUUACAAAGGUGUUUGCUGAAGUUCUACCUUCUCACAAGGUUGCUAAGGUGAAGCAACUUCAGGAAGAGGGGAAACGGGUAGCAAUGGUAGGAGAUGGAAUCAAUGACUCCCCGGCUCUGGCCAUGGCUAAUGUUGGAAUUGCCAUAGGCACAGGUACAGAUGUAGCCAUUGAAGCAGCUGAUGUGGUUUUGAUAAGGAAUGAUCUUCUGGAUGUAGUGGCGAGCAUUGACUUGUCAAGGAAGACAGUCAAGAGGAUUCGGAUAAAUUUUGUCUUUGCUCUAAUUUAUAAUCUGGUCGGAAUUCCCAUAGCUGCUGGAGUUUUUAUGCCCGUUGGUUUGGUUUUACAGCCCUGGAUGGGAUCUGCAGCAAUGGCUGCUUCAUCUGUUUCCGUGGUACUUUCUUCUCUCUUCCUUAAACUCUACAGGAAACCAACCUAUGAGAACUACGAGCUGCAUGCCCAGAGCCAGAUAGGACAGAAGAGUCCUUCAGAGAUCAGCGUGCACGUCGGGAUAGAUGACACCUCAAGAAAUUCUCCUAAACUGGGUUUGCUGGACCGGAUUGUUAAUUACAGCAGAGCUUCCAUAAACUCACUACUGUCUGAUAAGCGCUCCUUAAACAGUGUUGUUACCAGUGAGCCUGACAAGCACUCACUCCUUGUGGGAGACUUCAGGGAGGAUGACGACACCACACUGUAAAAGGCCACACACAGUGCCACUACUUCCGCUUGCUUUACUUGGACACAGUGUCCAUAACUCCGCCUUAGCUCCUUGAAAUAAUUGGAAGGAUUUUAUAUGGAUCUCAUGCUCUUACGUUACUGAUUCUUUUGAGUAGCAUUUGUCUUAUGGCAAAAAUACUUUUUCCAGGGCAUCAGCUCUGAACCUAGCUUUACUUCACAUUAUUUUCUAGCAGUCUUUGUUUUUACUGGCAACAGAUAAGGAAGAGCAGUGGGGUUUACAAUAAGCCCUACAAGUAGAGACUGCUGAAGUGAUAAAUAUUUUUUAUUUGACCAAAAAAAAAAAAAAACCAAGAAGAGGAUAAAUAACAUUUUGCAGAUUUGAGAGCAUGACCUUGAGACUAUUCUUGAGCCCGUAUCCCUGCCCCAUCUGGAAGUAGUGGCUUUCGAAGCACUGUAUAAAGCAUCUAGUUUUAGAAGGGUAACAGUUGAAGCUGUUUAAAAGUAGAUGUGCCUUAUUUAUUGCAGGCUUUCGUCUUUGCUCCUUACUUUUCCUGUAUCCUUGUCCUUGUCCUCGCAGUUGUUUUCUUAGAUACCCUGACAUACUCUUAGAUAUAUCUUUUGUUAUCUGCUUUCCAGUGAGCCACAUUAGGUUGCUUUGCAUUGAUAAAAGUAACUGACAACUUUUGCAGUAUCUUGUUGCCUUUUCAAAUUCUGUAGUUCAAAAGCCCUUGAAGGGUCUAUAGGGUCCCCUGCCUCCCAUCUUCCCAUUGUUUUAAAAAAUACAACGCAGUCUUCCGUCUGUCUCUCUAACUCUGUGCUAGCUUUGAAUUCACUCCAGCUAAGUUCAUCUGUAAGUUGUUUUUGGUGUAAUCUAUGAGUCUCAAUCCAGAAAGUCAAUGUUUGAGCCUCUCCCACUCAAAAGGUUUUCAAAGAUAAACACUAUUAUCUUUAACAGAUACGGGUCAUACACAAUUACCUGGAUUCACUAGAACCAUCUUUUUUCAAUAGAAUACAACCACUUUGCUGGCAUAUAAAAUUUAAUAUAUUUUAAUUAUCUUUUAGUGUCUCAGGCUCUCAAAACGAUUUUAAAAUAAUGCUAUUUCACAAUACUGCUUUUACCAAAAAUAUGGUCAAUUGUGAUACAGAAAUUAGAAUUUUCCUAUCUUAUCAUCCCUUUUAGUCAAAUGUCUACUUUAAUUUAAGAUGUUUGCACUUGCUAAUUUGUGUGGUUGGCAAAUGUAGGGCUUUAUUCCCAUUGCCAUAUGAUUUUAGAAAAUCCCCUCUUGAGUGCCUGAGAACUGAAACAUGGCUCAGAAAGCUGGUACUUGCAUGACUGUUUAAGUUUCCCUAUCAAUUGCAAGAUGGAUUUCAUGUGUAGAAUAUGUGAAUGAAGAGAACUCAUAAGUAAAUUCCUAACAUUUGGUUCCUAUUGUCUUAGGUAAAAGCUACUAGCACAAUGCCCGUUAUAUAGGAUUUAUAUUGAAUAAAUGUUAGUUCUUUUCUCCCAUGAGGUCGGUGAUAAAUAUAAAAAAUCAUCUUGAUAGAGCAGAGUCCAAAAUCAGGUGGGGGUGAGGGAUGGUUUUCCUCCUCUCCUGUUACCUUUGUCUUUUGUCCUUAUGCGCGCGUGCACACACACACACACACGUUUACAUUAUUCUAUACUGUGUUUCCAGAUUUGGAAAUGAUCUAAUUUCUAGUUCAGCUAUCUUUAAGAGAGAACUGAAACUGUUGAUGAAGGUGCUAUUAAUCCAUUUUAACCUAUUUUAAUGAAUUAUGAGUGAGAUGGGUGUCAUAAGCUCUUUUGUAGAACAAUGCGUAUGUCAUCUUCCAUGCCUCCAAUUUGAGUUUUAAUAUUUGUUUCUUAUUUUGAUUCAGGUGGCCCAGCUGAUAUGACAAAUGCAAAGUUGAUAUUUCUUACUCUAGGGCCAAAUUGUGAAAAGAAGAUUCCCCCUUCCCUCUUUCAUAUUCUCUCUCUCUCUCUCUCUCUCUCUCUCUCUAAAGCACUUGAACAUAGCCAGUUACUACUUUUAUUAUUAUGUGUGUGAUUGAGGCAUGUUCUGGGCACCAGAUAUAUGUCAUAGGACAGUGGAAGUAGCAGCUCAUGGUCUGGGAAUAAUCAAGGAUGUAUGUUCAGCUCUUACUACAACAACAGAAAACAUACUGUUUUGAAAGAGUUGUGCUUUAAAUAUCUAUAGCCACCUUUGAAUUCUCUGCAAGUCCUUUUUAUAACCUGGAACUUCCAUUAGCUUCAGAGAGAAGCUGCAUUCACAUGAGAGAGAGGUGAUUUACAGAUAGACUUAAAAAUGUAGCUUUCACUUAGUAACUAGCUUUAAGUAACUAGUUACCACUAGUGAGAACAAACUUUAUGUGUGUCAAUGUGUGUAUGUUUAUUCACAAACAUGCAUAUAUACAGAUAUAUGUACACACAUAUUAAAAAGUAGGUUUAUGUUUAAAUUUGAUAUUUGAAGUUCUUUAUUUGUGUCUCUUUAUCACUCUUCUUUGUUCAUUCAGCAACCAUGCCCCCAGGCUGAAGAUAACACCUUAAUGUCCAGUGUUGGUUCAGACUCAACUGUGGGGCACCUUUAACAUAAAUAUCCAAAGAUGCCUUUUGAAUUUUAUAUAUUAAAACACAACUAAAGUGUUUAGUAUUGUAGUCUAAAGAAGUGUGGUUGUCAGUUGUGAGGAAUAGAAAUAUUAUUUUUCCUAGUUUAGUGUCAACAUUUUAGAAUGUUAAAUUUGAUGCCUUGUGAACAAAUAAUUUUAUAUUGUGCUUUAAUUUUUUUAAAAAAUACUCUUCAUUCAUAUGUCCAAAAUGCUAAAAAAUAGCAAUGUAGACGUCUCCAAAAAUUUUAGUGUGUAUAUAUUUUCUGUACACAGCUUAAAAUCAAAAAUGUGUUAGAGAAUUUUUUCCAUUACUUGUGGAUCUUGCUUUAAAAUGAUUUUUCUUGAUAUUUAUUUUACUCUAUUUUGUUAUUUUCUUUGGGUGAGGCAUCUGGUUACUGGUUAGUUUUAAAAAGAAUAAAGACAUUGCUGUAAUCACUCCAUUUUGGUUUUUUGUUUUCUUACUUUUCUAUAUUAAAAGUAUUUUACCAAAUAUAAAAAGAUAGAUUAGUGCCAAAUUAAUACUUACUUUUACACUAGCUUUCUGCAAUCCCCCAAUCUGGUAUGAGUAACUAGAGAAAGCACAAAGCUUCACUAAUUGAAUUCUUGCUCUUCAGUUAAAAGACCUUUUUUCAUGAUAAUUGAUAAUAAGUGCCAUUUAUAGCCAAAACCAGGCGUCUCAACCUUAUGUUUUCAGUUAAAGAAAUGUUUAGCUAAGCAUUGUUAAACAUUGUUUGGUACCCAAAACAACAGUGGACGAUAUUGUGCAAUAUUCAUCUACUGUAUUCAGGAUCUUCAGUAGUUUGCUUUUCCAUAAGCAUGUAACUGAUCAUAUUUCUGCCAAGGAUGUGCCUUGAACUUUAUAAUUAUAGUG